AUGCCAGGCCAACCCCGAUUCACAGUCGAGAGCGCAUCUCAGGUAUCAGGCAGCCGGGUUGUUUGUGAAGCGUGCUAUGUAUAUUAUGAUGGGAAGCGCACCAGUACACGAGGAGCACCAGGUCCUUCAGCAGCACGUCCUCUGCUGCCGCCACCUGCCACUCCAAACCUGGAAGCUGAACGAGAGGCAAUCCGACGCCAGAACAUUGAGGGGAGGCUCGGUGACAAGUCUCUUGGAGGUCAAAUUGCCCCCAUUGGCGCUGGUUUGAUGGCUCCUCCAGCAAUAAUUCCGCAAAGACAGAGUAGUGGCUCAUCAGUCCCACGAAUUUCUGUGCCUAAUCAGUUGGCGGUUGGUCAACUGGCUGUGGCUGCUCCAAAUUCUGCUGCGGCUGCUUCGCAGUUCAACAGUCAGGGAUAUUCCUCUGCACAUGCUAGCUAUGGGUCUCAAUAUUCUCUGUGGGGAAAUAUGGCCUAUUCUGGUCUAUCUCGGGAGUUUCUCACAUUAAAUAUUGGUGUUCGCCACGAAUUUCCUGGGAAACCAAACGGUGUGGUCUUUGGGACUAUCAACGAGGGCAAAAACAUCAGUGCUCAAGCAACAGCAAGUGAGAUCAUCCAACUUGUGCUCGAAGUUGGUGGCGGAAAGCUUGCUGCCCAAAUUGCAGAGGAGACCGCUUCUCAGUUUGUGUUCAACACCACUACUUUUGUUGUGCGCCAAUUGGAAGGCUGGAUCAACAUUCAUGAAGAGCCGCCGCACCAACCACUCCUGUAUCACCGUUACCUCAAGCUAGGCACAGGCAAAAAACAGAAUACCCUGGACUUUCAUCGUCCUGCCAGGGCGCUUGUUUUUGUCCUUGUCAUUCCUUACAAGGAAUGGCAGCGCUUCCUCAAUUUCCAGGAGGAGCAAAUUGAACAGAGCGAGUCCAAAGGUAGUUCAAUUAAUCUACAGGCUGAAUUUACUGAAGCCACAGAGCCUCUGGUCACUGAGCCUGCACAGUCCAAAUCACGUAUGCAGACUCGUUCGCAAAGGAAAUCAAACUCAAGGACGACUCAGACAGUGCCUCGGUCAUCCAUUCGAACUCGAUCCAUGCAAGGAUCUGUCUCUGAUCAAACUCGGGAUGUCCAGUAUGAGCUCUACAAUGCAGAGAUCAUCUCCCAAAACACCAAUGACAACUCUAUUUCUGCUGAUACUCCUUCAAAAAAGCGCUCUGCCGAAUCUGACAUCGAGGAAUUUCAGCCCUUGGACAGGCAGAGAUUGCGAAAUGCUCUGAAUGCUGGCGGUGCCUCUGUUACUGUCUCCAAGAGUGCUCCCAUUCACACAUCUGAAACAAUUGAGUUCUUCCGGAUUCGCCCCAGCGGUCUCCAGGAUUUGCUCAGGGAAAAUCGAGCAUUCAAGAUUGAGAUGUCCGCAGCCGAGGGUGGUACUUUGGCUCUAAAGCCAUCAGCAUCUCCUCUCGGUGUUGGAACAUUCAAAUCUGCUCAUUCUGCCUACCUGACACUCACCCGACUUUCGGAUACCCCAUUGGGUGCCUCCCCUGGUCAGCAUGUUGCGCUUAAACGCAUGUUCAGGACCAGAGAGACGUUGAAGCGAUUUGACCCUGUGAACGAGUAUGAACACACCAUUUCCGAGGCUAAUUUGCUCUUCUGGGGCACAGCCAUCCUUCGUUUCACCAUGGAAGCUGGAAAUGCCAUGGUUCAUGAAGCUGCGGCAGCUGGGAGCUCUAGCAAGACAAUGAGUUCUCUUCGACGGACCUACCUUCUAGAAGAGCUCAUUGGAACAGGCAAAUUUGUCAAAUACAUCAAUAACAAUAGUGCAACUCCGGUUGCAUCUCUCAGCCCUGAUAGGCGUUCUCUUGCAGAGUUCCUGUGCUUCACUCAACAUGUUCAAUAUGAGCAAACGGAUGGUCUUGUUUUUCUCUCUGACCUGCAAGGAUCCGGUGCUCUGUUGACUGAUCCGCAGAUUAUGACAUCCCCUUCCCUUGAUGGUGGCCUCUUUGGUGGAGGAAACUACGGAAAAUUCUUUGAGCAGUUCCCUGAGCAGCAUGUCUGCUCUAGAUAC